AUGCAAGGGAAAUUUAAAAAUAAUUCAAAUCAACCACUUAGUGAAUUAUCCUUAAAAGAAUCAGAUCGUAUCAAUAUUAAACCCACUCAACAAUACAACUCAAACAAUACUAUUAUGAUGUCUCCAAAGGGUUAUACUAAUGAUAAUAAUGAUUCUUCAUUAAAGAGUAGUCCUCAACAAAAUAAUGCAAGGACUCCACGUCAUACACAAAAUAGUAAUGGUAAUAAUAAAGAUAGCUCAGCAACAAAUGUAGAUUAUCCAAUGACUCCAUCACCUCCAAAUAAAGUUAGAAGAUCUUCAGCAUCUAUGAGUUUCUUAGCAACCCCUAAAUUCAAUUCAUUAAAUAAUUUAUCAGAACAACAACAAAUAUUAUCACAUAAAAAAUUAAGAUCACAUAACUCAAGUGAUAAUGAAGAAGAAGAAGAGGAAGAAGAAGUUACGAUACCUUUUUCUCCAACUUCAAGAACUACACGUCUUUUACCACCAACUACUCCAAAAUCAAGAAAUGUUGAAUCAUCUUUCUUAUCACCAUCACCUCAUAUUACAUCUCCAAGUAUUUAUAAAGAAUCAAAUAAACCAAUAAGAGAAAUUUCUAAUAAUUUAAAGACAAGAUUAAACUAUGCUUUUGUAAAAUUACAAAAUGGUUGGGUUGAUCGUACUUUACCCGAAUUAGAAAAUGAAUUAGAUAGACAACAGACUUUAAUCCAACAAAGACAACAACAACAACAAUUUUUACAAAAUUCUCAAUUUAGUCCACAAAGAUCAAUUCAUCUUUCACCUGCUCAUUCAAUAUCAAGUUCUUAUACUAAUAAAUUUGCAUAUGGGAAUGGAAACAAUCUUAACGAAAAUAAUGAUAAUACACAGGAUGAUGAAAGAUCAGACAGUACAAGCUCUGCUAGAUUAGCAUUUAUGAAGGCCCUUUCAUCACCUGCAAGAGGUCAACCAGGUUUACCAUCAUCAUCUUCAACUUUAAGUGAUUCAAAUAAUGGACAAUCUACAUCACAAAAAAAUGCAAUGGAUAAAAAUACAUCUUCAUCGCCUUUGAAAUGGUCUCAGGAUUCUCGAAAACCUUCAAAUCAUGUUAUGGAAAAUUUUAAUGAAAUUUCAAAAGAUUCACAACGUAAACCUAAAGUCAACCAAAAGAAAAAAGAAGGCGCAACUGAAGUAGCUGCAAUCGAGACCUUAAUGUCACUAUCAUCUCCAAAGAAGUCUAAUCCUACAGUAUCUUUUAACGAUAACAGUGCACAAGAUACAGAAAAUGAUACAGAAGUAGAUGAGUCUGAUAAUGGUAUAACAGACUAA